AAACCACCUCCAGCCUCCUCCUUCCCUCCAUAUCACCGACCUAACUGGCUUGCUUGCAGGUAAUUCACCAGGAGCUAGCUAGAUUACAUAUAUAACAUGGUGAAGUCCCGGGCGGCGGCUGUGCAGGAGCUCCGGGAGAGGUUCGCGGCGGGGCAGACGAGGCCGGCGGAGUGGCGGGCGGCGCAGCUGCGAGGGGUUCUGCGGAUGGCCACGGAGAUGGAGGCGGAGAUAUGCGACGCCCUCCACGCCGACCUCGGCAAGCCCAAGACCGAAGCACACGUCCACGAGCUAUCUCUGAUCAAGUCGUCGUGCUUGUUUGCCUUGAAGAAUCUCAAGAAAUGGAUGAAACCCCAGAAGGUUCCUGCAAAGCUCAUGAAUUUCCCCUCGACGGCGAGGAUUACGCCAGAGCCCCUCGGCCUCGUGCUCGUCAUCUCCGCCUGGAACUACCCUCUCUUGCUGUCCCUGGACCCGGUCAUCGGUGCGAUCGCCGCCGGCAACGCCGUUGCGCUGAAGCCGUCUGAGGGGGCACCAGCCAUGUCGUCGCUGCUGGCUGAGCUGCUGCCGCGGUUCGUCGACGGCACUUGCAUCAAGGUCAUCGAGGGCGGCGUCAAGGAGACCACCGCGCUCCUAAACCACAAGUGGGACAAAAUCUUCUACACAGGCAACAGCAGAGUCGGACGCGUCGUGAUGGCCGCAGCGGCGAAGCAUCUGACGCCGGUCGUCUUGGAGCUCGGCGGCAAAUGCCCGGUGGUUGUCGAUUCAAACGUCGAUCUCCACAUUGCUGCCAAGAGGAUCGCUGCUGGCAAGUGGGGUUGCAACAAUGGCCAGGCCUGCAUUGCUCCUGAUUUCAUCAUAACCACACAGGCUUUUGCCCCAAAGCUGCUCGAGUCUUUAAAGAAAGUUUUGGAGAAGUUCUACGGGAAGGAUCCACUGCUAUCAGCGGACUUGUCCCGCGUCGUGAAUGCCAGCCAUUUUGGCAGGCUCAAGGGCUUGAUGGACGAAGAGAUGGUCUCCGACAAGAUCGUGUUCGGCGGUCACAGGGAUGAACAGCAGCUGAAGAUCGCCCCUACAAUAUUCCUAGAUGUCCCUCUCGAUUCCGCCAUCAUGAAGGAGGAAAUAUUCGGGCCCUUGCUUCCGAUCAUCACGGUUGACAAGAUCCAUGAAAGCUUUGGUCUCAUCAACUCAAUGGCUAAGCCACUUGCAGCUUACCUCUUCACCAGGGACAGUGAGCUCCAGAACCAGUUCGAGGGGGCCAUUUCUGCAGGAGGAAUGCUCUUCAACGACACCAGCAUACAUCUCACAAACCCAUACCUGCCAUUUGGAGGAGUUGGGGAGAGCGGCACAGGCUCCUACCAUGGGAAGUUCAGCUUUGAUGCUUUCAGCCACAGGAAGGCAGUCAUGAACCGAGGCUUCGCCGGGGAGGCCAGGGCUAGGUACCCGCCCUACUCGGCACCAAGGCUCAAGAUCCUCAAAGGAGUGCUUGAAGGCAAGCUGGGAGACAUGAUUCAGGCUAUCCUGGGGUUCCCAAGAGGGAAAUGAGCUCACCUCUUCAGGAUGGCUGGUAUGUUGUAUGAUCAAACA